AUGUCUUUAUUUGGAAACAGGUCACUAUUUAGCUUCAUUCAAAGAGUUUCACGUAAUCCAACUACUGCAGCCAUGUGGCUCUUCAGUGGAUUCGUUGUUUCAAGUGCAUCGUAUAUGUUAUUCUAUUUACCAAGUAUUACACCAAAUAUAGGUGAAGAUCAGGAUGAAGAAUUACAAGAAUUGAUUGAGAUCGAAUAA